AUGGGUGAAUUCUUGAAAGAUUUACCAUCGUUGGAUAGAGACAACUUUAGUCGAGUUCGAAAAUCAAGCUCGGAUGUGACUAGAACGACAGUUCGAGUAUAUUUAUCAACGAGGGACGACAGCUCGGAACGUGCCAAGAAAAUAGGCACCGACAAAACAAAUUCCUUGUUGCGUUAUUAUUAUCUGCAUAGUAAUUCUAAACAAGAUCAUAAUGGAGAAAAUGAUGCAAAUUCGAGUAAAGAAUCUGAUCGUAAAAGAAAAUUAAAAAGUAAAGAUAAUUCUACUACUGGGCCAAAAAAGAGCCGCAUGUAG